GUGAAAGCUCACCAUUGCGGUUGCGCGCGUUCUGAUAUUAAACAGAUGGCCCCAACGCGGCCUCAUCCUCGAGGUGCCACAUGAUUUACGACCGCGUGGAAACAAGCGAGCCCCGACGUGUUGGCGCAUGUAGCGUGGAUGCCGGUUUAUAAGCCGCGCGAUCGCCUCAGGGGGGGAACAGUCUGCUUUCACUCGCUUCACAAUGCCUCGGUGUGUGUUCUGCUUUUUUGAUCCUCACGAUAUCGAGGAUGAAUCGGACGACGACGACGACGAUUCUCGGGACGGCGCACCUCCUACACUGUCUGCUCACGUGAUGCGAUCGCACCCCGACGUGGAUACAUCCUUCCUGCCCUUCUUCCAGACUGACGCCGCAUUUAGAGGUAUCGUCAAAAGAUUCACGCUAUUGGCAUCUGUUCACGAUCAGGGAGUAGAGGAUUUGCGACAAUAUUUAAUGAGUCACUUUCACGAUAUGCUCGCCAUAUUGAGAGCGCAAAGAAUACCCUUUAGGUUUUGCAUUUGUUCCGAUGUUUUAAUGGUAAAGGAAACUCGGGGGGAGAUAACCGCGCACAUAGCCCACUUUAUGGCGUUUGCUCGCGAAGUCCACAGCGACGGAGCCAUCGCGAAUACCCUGAUGGACGCGAUUCAGGAGUCCACGGGGCGCGUCGAAAAUUAUCAGCGGGAAGGGAGUGGGUUCGUGUCCGCCGACGUCCAAAAUGUUCAAAUAUGUAUUUCCGCGGUGAAAACGAAAAAAUUCGGAUGCAAUGGGACACUUCCCGAUCAUUUGGCUAAGCGCAGGAACGUGCUAACGAAUAUUCAUUUACCAGCACGUAAGGAGGGUGAGUGUUUUAAAUACAAUACGCUUGCCCUCCUGCACCCGCAGGAAAGGAAUUCGUGGAAAAAAUGUGAAAACUACGCAGCGGAGUACUGGUGGCCUAGUCGCUUCCCCGUUUCCUACUCCGAUCUGGACGAAUUCGAAGACAAAAACAGGAUAUCCGUGUACGUAUACGAGUACGUCGAUCAGGGAGUGCACGUGUCGCGACCUCCAACACUCGAGUAUGAAAAGAAAAUUCACUUAUUGGCUGUAGAUGAACAUUUUUUUGGAAUCAAGUCCCUCGAACGCUUGUUGACGACCAGAAGUAACCGUUUCGUGUGCGAGCGUUGCACGCGCUCUUUCCUGAAGGAAGAGAGCAUGGCGAAACAUCGUCGCCUGUGCGCGGACGUAAACGAAAUCAUAUUGGAAUUUUGCGAACCGGGCAAAAACUUUGUAGAAUUUACUAAAAUACAGUACAAGCAGCAGUACAACUACGUCGUCGCGUUGGACACGGAGAGCGUACUCGCGCCCAGUGGUGUUGGCAUGCAGCGUCACGUUACCUCGAGCUUCUGCGCUGUGCUCGUGCGCACUCACGACUCCAAGGUGAUGCGCAUCAGGACGCACCACGGUGAAGAUUCCGCGAGGCAGUGCGUCAGAGCUUUGAUGGAAAUGCGGGACGAGAUGAUCACCCUGAACGCCUGCCCCGCGGAAAUGGUGCUGAAUGAUGAGCAACGAAAACGGCACAGAGCCGCCACCCACUGCGCGUACUGCAGGCGGGAGUUCGCGCAAGAUCUACCCCGUAGACACCAUGCAGUACCUAAAUUCGUCGUUGGGAGAGCUCGUUGA